GCUGCGCGGUUCGCCACUGUGGAAGGGAGAGAGCGAACGAGAGAGCAGCGAGGACCUCUCGUCUCGCCCUCAGGCGUCGAGUAGCUUUGCUGCAGCUGGAGGGCUGUGCGUAAAAGCGCAUCUUCGUCAGUGGUCUCUCCCUCAGUCUGUAUGUGUGUCUCUCUCUCUCUUUUCUGCCUCAUUCAGGCACAUCUUCAGCUCUGGCUCCGCCUGUGCGGCCGCGCUCUCUCUCGGGGUCGUCUCUGCCUCACGCUCUGUCCGCCUCUUGGCUACUGAAGAGCUCUCUCUUCCUCUCUUCUCUCUCUCUCUUUCUCCCGCGCUGACCAGGUGGGAAAAGGCGCGAAGACCGACGGUGCCCACCCCGGGAUCAUGCCUGUGCCCGGCUUCCUACCGCCUGCUCCUUGGCUCCAGCUCGGCGGGUGAGGCCACCUCUUCGGUUCAGGACAUUCAUCUGAAGCAUCUCAGUGAGAGUUCUCAGGAGAAUGGAAAGUGCGAGUGAACUUCAGAAUCCCCUGUUGGCCAAGAACAAUGGACACCUUCAUGGCAGUUACACUUACCACCAGGAUUACCCUGCCCACCGUUGUCAGGGCAAACUCUAUUCCUACAUCUUCCAAAAUUCUGGCAAUGCGAGAACUCACCAGUUACUGGACGCCAGUUCUCUUCAGUUGGCUGUUGAAGCUCUGUACGGCCCAAAUUUCAUUCUGGUGAAGGAUGAGGCCAGUGUCAAGAUCAAGGACAAUAAAGGUGAGAGCUGUGAGACAACUUUCAUGGAAAAGAAAGAUACCCCUACUGAGGCCUCUGAUGGGCAGGAAACACAAGGGCGAUCCUUGAUGGAAAAUGAUAUGAAAAUCCAGACUGUGUCCUAUGAAGUGGAGGAAGAAGAAUUGCAAGAGUAUGAGAGUGACUCUUCAAGUGACAGUGAGAGUGAAGAUAAUUUUCUGAUGCUUCCCCCACGAGACCACCUGGGUUUAGCUAUCUUCUCAAUGCUUUGCUGUUUCUGGCCUCUGGGAAUUGCUGCUUUCUACUUUUCUCAAGGGACAAGUAAGGCCAUCUCCAAGGGGGACUUCCACCUGGCAAGCUCAGCUUCCCGGCGAGCUCUGUUCCUUGCUGCACUAUCUAUUACCAUCGGCACAGGGGUAUAUGUUGGAGUGAUUGUAGCACUCAUUGCUUAUUUGUCUAAAGGUGGCCAUGUAUAGUAAAAACUUUAACCUACCUUGCGGCACCUAAUGGCUAAUUCUCUUGGAUUACACACUUUCCUAUGGAAUAUAGGAGGACACUAUGCUUACAGAGCAUUUUAUACACAGAGAUCUGUGCUCAGACAGACUUUCUGUGUGGACUCACUCUUUUUCAGUUGAACAAUAGACUAUGACCUACUUUACAUUUUGGACUGAAAAGCUGAAAAACACUCUUAGCGUUGAACAUAACACAGUUUGAAAUGCCUGGAUUUUGAGACUGUCAAAAGCAAAAAAGGGAGAAGGACGAAUUUUAAAAUUUUGUCUGCAGGGUGUUUUGAAACUGAUGUUCUUAUGUGCUAGAUCUGCCAUUUGUGAAGUUCAGUUACCUGUUGGAUCCAAGCACCUGUUUUAACUUACAGCACACAAUGAAAAGUUGGAGAAUAUUCAAUUCAUGAAAAGCCUUUCCUUUGGAAGAUGGGAUUGAGGGCUAUGAAGAAGGGCAAACUAGAAUUUGUCAGGAUAUUCACAUUUUAUGCCAAUGACACUACCUACAAUAUCAAAUGCUACUAUUGCACCCUUGGGUAACUACCUAUCAGAGAAGUCAGCUUUCAUCAGAACUCUCUUUGUUCACAUAAUCUGCCUCUCCAUCUAUAGAUGCUAUGUCAGGUGUUCUCCACAGGCCCAUAAUAUAAUGAUAAGACCAUAGAGAGUUACAGUCAGCUAGCAUUCUAAUCCUGAGAUAUCCAUCUGCUUUCAAUAAGGAAGUGAAGAAUAGUCUGAGCAUUAUUCAUUUUGAUUAUUAUUAACUAAGUACAUUGAAGAGUGUUAGGAAAGUCCUCAAGGGCCUCUUGCUUUCAAUUAUAUUUUAGAAUGUAUAGGAUGCAUAAACCUGACAAUUCUGGUGUGGGAAAGUUACUCCAAGUGGUGACAUAAUUGCUUUUCAUCACAUCUUGUAGUACUUUCCAAAUUGUUGAAAGCUAUACUAUUGGGAGGCAAAUUCAUAUUGCCACAAUUCGUAAGACGCAUCGAUAUAAACAUUUUAGCUUCCUUCUGUUAAAAAACUGUCCUGCAGUGAUCAUCAAAAUCUCAUGGAAAGUGGGGUCUUUACUAUGCCUGCUUCUAAACAGACACAGAGUUAAAUUAAGGCUUAUGUCCAACUACUUACAAGUAAGCCCCACUGUCAGUGAGACUUACUCGUGAAUAAGCAUGUAAAGGAUUGUGUUAAAAGCUGAAAUGCAUGGAAUUUUAUUCAUUUUGUUCUUCUGCAUCCACAUUUGUUCUUUAAUAUAAAUCUUGAAAUUAAUGGGGAGAAGAACAUGUCAAAUAUAUAGGGCUGUCCUUUAUUGACUUUGUUCAUACCUGGCAGGAAAAACACAGUGGGUGGUUAUAAUGAAAUACAUCUUGUUAUCUCUUCACUGUGAGAUACUUCAGGAUUGUGUUUUGUCUAUCAUCUUGUUCAAAGUAUGCAUGUUUUUGCCAGGUUGUAUGAUUCCAUUUCUGGAGGCACAGUGUCACUAGUGUGCCAACUGCAUCUAGUUAAAUAUUUCUUAUCUGUAUAGGUGGCUUAUGUCUUGAUUUUGAAUGGAUGUUUGGCCCAAGCUUAGUUUGAGUGAAGUAGGAGUCCUAUGAAAAGUAGUGAAAAUCUCAGCUGCAUUCUAACAUAUGAGCAGCAUGGUGCUGGGUUCACUUCAUGGUGCUUGUGUUAAUAUAUGAAGUCUCUUCCCACAUUAACCCAUGAAGGCUCUGUGAUCUUGAGGGAAGUUGAAUUGAAUAGUACUCAUUACUACUAUAGUAGGCUUUUUUUCUUUUUCUUUUUUUCUCUUUUUUAGAAUUGGCCCCCACCCUGCUGGUGGUGUGGAAUUCCCUCUCAGUAAAGGCUACCUUGGACACCUUUAAGGAGAAAUGUAGGGUAAAAAAUAUUUUACAUAAAUAAAUAAAAUAAGGGGCCUACCUGUGACUGAAUCUCCAAAAACAAAUAUUGUAAGCCUUUUCAAUUUACACAGAUAUUUGAGAGAAUGUGAUAUAUACAGGGACAUCUUUUUAAAGGUACCUGUGUGUUCUUCUAUUUAUUACAGAUGUUUCAAUUAUUACAUGAUUUACUGUAUUGGGAAAGUGCACUCUUAGGACAGUGUACAGUGUAAAAAUUGAAAUGUAUGAAUAAACAUGUACAACUCCUUUAGCAGAGCAGCUAAUGAGAAGACAAAGACUAGAUUCUAAGCAUAUAAUAGAAAAGAUAAAAAGAGAAAUCAAGCUGGGGAAAGACGAUGGGAUUUAUUCGCUGGAGGUGACUUAACUUGGUUAUCAGCUUAGUUCUGUACAUCUCCCCAACAUAAUUCCCCAGCCUGUUUUGUUACAGAUGAAAGCGUAUUGGCAUACAACAAACUUCCAGUUAUGACCAGCAACGCACAAGUGUUUUGAUUUUGCUUCAUUUCCUCUGCAUGACACAAAUCCAACAAAUCUUCUUUUCCUGAGGCAAGGAUUUAAUUUCAGCGCUGCUCAUAGCCUGAGGGGUUGAAAUGCUGUUUGUUAAUUAUCAAAGCCCAGAAAAGAGGUAUUGGAGAGUUUUACAUUUGGGAUGGCAAACAAGUCACCCCUCCCCUAGCCACUAGGGAAGGAGAUGCUUCAUUAAGACUUCAUGCUUUAACAAGGCCUGUAUAGAGCUCUCUUUCUAAAGUCAGGUGGUAUUUAUUGUUUUUGCCACUAAAAAUAGGAUUACAAGGAACACUGAAGAUUAUAUUGUGAAUGAAAAGAGGGAGGGGAGGGUGGUUAAACCUAUGCCAUGAGAAUAUCUCCCAGGCAGUACAAGAAGCCCAAAGCUAGUACCAUUGCCAUACAGACUGAGUUUUGAAUGGCAGUUCCACCUCUCUUUCAGCUGUACUACCCUCUGAAGUACUGGUGCCAGCAAGAGAACAAGCAAAGCAUACCUCAAGGGUAUCAGAAGACAAGUAGCUAGUUCUCUUGUGUGCUCCCAGAGGCAUCUGGCGUGGCCACUGUUGAGAUAUG